GGGAGGGCCCGGGCGGUGCGAAGCGGGGGUGGGCCCUGCGCGUAAUGGCAGUACCGUGUCCUCGCGUCCAUCUUUACCGCUCUCUUGGACCUGUCACAAAGGAGUCGCGCCGCUGUCGCUGUCCCUUCCCUCCGGUGGGCCUAGGAGCUAGGGAAAGUCAGUGCCACAGCCCGACCGCGCUGCUCUGGGAAGCCCCUUGGGGACGUGGCUGGGGAGGGAGCUUGAGGGCUAGCGACGCCUGUGAGGGAAGGGAACAGCCGCCGGAGCCUGGGUCGGAGAGACUGGACUGGGGCCGUGGCCGUCUCCGGGCAGGGGUCUUGGAGAGGGUGGCGUUGGUCAGAGCCUGGGAAGCAGCCGGAACGCUCUCCUCCGAGGCCCGCGCUGGGGGCGCCUGAAAGCGGUUCCUGGAAGAGGGUGUUCCCCUUUAGGGGAUCGUGACUGAAGGAGGUCCUGGGGUCACCCUCCCGAGGAGUCUGCGGCCCAGGAACCCUUGGAAACCAGGCUCAAUGGAACUGGAGUUGCAAGUGGUUAUGAGCGGCUGGGUGGGCGCUGGGAACCAAAUAUGGCUCUUCUGGGAGAGCAAAAGGAGCUCUUAACCUUCAACCCAUUUCUCCUGCCCCUUAAUAUUGUUCUUAACUGCCAGUGGAUGGCCAGCAUUCCCAGUGGUUGAUAAUGUUGGAAAUGAGCUGCUUGACCUUCUCUAGCAUUCAGUUGUUAAAAAUGAAUAAGAUGCAAGUUCAACUCUACAUUAUGAAAGCAGUACUCGGAAAAUUGAAAACUAUCUAAAUGAUUGUCUUUGGUUGGGCUGUGUUCUUAGCAAGCAGGAGCCUUGGUCAGGGUCUGCUGUUGACUCUUGAGGAGCACAUAGCCCACCUAUUGGGGACUACAGGUACUACUACUAUGGGUAAUUCCUGCAUCUGUCGAGAUGACAGUGGAGCAGAAGACAAUGUUGACACCCACCAGCAACAGGCUGAGAACAGUGCAGUCCCUACUGCUGACAGUAGGAGCCAACCUCGGGACCCUGUCCGGCCUCCAAGGAGAGGCCGAGGACCUCAUGAGCCAAGGAGAAAGAAACAAAAUGUGGAUGGGUUAGUGCUGGACACACUGGCGGUAAUACGGACUCUAGUCGAUAAUGAUCAGGAACCUCCUUAUUCAAUGAUUACAUUACAUGAAAUGGCAGAAACAGAUGAAGGAUGGUUGGAUGUUGUCCAGUCUUUAAUUAGAGUUAUUCCAUUGGAAGAUCCGUUGGGACCAGCUGUUAUAACCUUGUUACUAGACGAAUGUCCAUUACCCACUAAAGAUGCACUCCAGAAAUUGACUGAAAUCCUCAAUUUAAAUGGAGAGGUAGCAUGCCAGGACUCAGGCCACCCUGCCAAACAUAGGAAUACAUCCGCAGUCCUGGGCUGUUUAGCUGAGAAACUAGCAGGUCCUGCAAGCAUAGGUUUACUUAGCCCAGGAAUACUGGAAUAUUUGCUACAGUGUCUGAAGUUACAGUCUCACCCCACAGUCAUGCUUUUUGCACUGAUUGCACUGGAAAAGUUUGCCCAGACAAGUGAAAAUAAAUUGACUAUCUCUGAAUCCAGUAUUAGUGAUCGACUGGUCACAUUGGAGAUGUGGGCUGAUGAUCCUAAUUAUCUGAAACGUCAAGUUGGCUUCUGUGCCCAGUGGAGCUUAGACAAUCUCUUUUUAAAAGAAGGUAGACAACUAACCUACGAGAAAGUGGACUUGAAUAACAUUAGGGCCAUGCUGAACAGCAAUGAUGUCAGCGAGUACUUGAAGAUCUCACCUCACGGCUUGGAGGCUCGCUGUGAUGCCUCCUCCUUUGAGAGUGUACGCUGCACUUUUUGUGUGGACACUGGGGUGUGGUACUACGAAGUAACUGUAGUCACUUCUGGUGUCAUGCAAAUUGGCUGGGCUACUCGAGACAGCAAGUUUCUCAACCACGAAGGAUACGGCAUUGGGGACGAUGAGUACUCCUGUGCCUAUGAUGGCUGCCGGCAGCUGAUUUGGUACAAUGCCAGAAGUAAGCCUCACGUGCACCCGUGCUGGAAGGAAGGAGACACAGUAGGGUUUCUGUUAGACUUGAAUGAAAAGCAAAUGAUCUUCUUUUUAAAUGGCAACCAGCUGCCUCCUGAGAAGCAAGUCUUUUCAUCCACCGUAUCUGGAUUUUUUGCUGCAGCUAGUUUCAUGUCAUAUCAACAAUGCGAGUUCAAUUUUGGAGCAAGACCAUUCAAAUACCCACCAUCUAUGAAAUUUAGCACUUUUAAUGAUUAUGCCUUCCUAACCGCUGAAGAAAAGAUCAUUUUGCCAAGGCACAGGCGCCUCGCUCUGCUGAAGCAAGUCAGUAUUCGAGAGAACUGCUGUUCGCUCUGCUGUGAUGAGGUGGCAGACACACAGCUGAAGCCGUGUGGACACAGCGACCUGUGCAUGGAUUGUGCCUUGCAACUGGAGACCUGCCCAUUGUGUCGUAAAGAAAUAGUGUCUAGAAUCAGACAGAUUUCUCAUAUUUCAUGACACAUGUGAAGAGAUAUCAUGGACCUAUUUCUACUCAAUUCCAGCCAAUGUUGAAAAGAAAAGGAAAAAAAAACCACAAA